AUGGCCCAGAAAGCUGCCAAAUCUCUCGCCACCCGCAACACUGCCCGCCUCCGACAAACGCACCUCGUGACCCUCUCAAUCCAUAUCCUGUUCCUCUUCCUGAAAUUUACGCUUCGCCGCUCUUUGUCCUUAUGGCUUUACCUCCUUCUAAGCGCUCCGGCCUUACUCCUCGAGCUAUAUCUAGACAUCCUCGCCCGUCCGACAUAUCAUCCGAACGGCGACUUGAAGAAGGCAGGCGAGGACCUAGAUGCGAAAGGCCUGACCGAGUUCAUGUGGGACAUUCUGUACUGGACCUGGAUUAAUCUCGUCGUAGUUCUGAUCUUUGGAAAUCGCGGCUGGUGGCUCUAUUUGAUCGUUCCUGCAUAUGCUGUAUAUUGCCUUGUUGGAGCUGCGAGGGGUGUGAAGGGGAUGAUGGGAGGACUUGCCGGAGGAGGCGCAGAGGGCGAUGACAUGGCACAAAGUAAGAGACAGACAAAAAUGGAGAAAAGAGGAGGGCAAAAAGUCAAGUAUCGCUAA